GUUCGUUUAUUGAUUCUGCUUGCCGCUUAAGCUAAACUUUAUAAACCUCUGAGCUCUGACACACCAAAAUUCCAAACUGAACCGCGAAGCCUCUCUUUUUUCUUGUUAACUGGUUGGUUUUUGUUUCUGUCUUGAGUUUGGUUUUAUUUGUUAAAUGGAUUUCAGAGGUGGUUUUGGUGGUGGUUACAUGCAUCUAGGACCCAAUGAUUCUCGCUGGUUCAGUGGAGAGCGUGGUUCCCCUGGAGAACGAGUUAUAUAUUAUAGUGUGGAAGCAGGACCAAAUGAUUCUCGCUGGUUCAGUGGAGAGCGUAGUUUCCCCGAAGAACAAGCGUAUAUUCCUCCUGGUGCACGUUUUGAUCCAUAUGGCCCACCUGGCGCUCGUGGUUUUGAGCGUAAUCGAUUUGUCAGGGACAGGGUAGUCAUUCCUCCGAUUAAUCCAUUUCGUGGUAGUGAUGCUUUUCCUGGGCCUGCUGCUGGAGUGUAUCCUGUCAGGCGUGAUUCUGGUGGUGGUGACAUGCUUAUAGGACCAAAUGAUCCUCGCUGGUUCAGUGGAGAGCAUGGUUCCCCUGGAGAACAAGCGGGUAUUCCUCCUGGUGCACGUUUUGAUCCAUUUGGCCCACCUGGUGUUCCUGGUUUUGAGCCUUAUCGAUUUGUCAGAAACCGACGACGGAGACCUGGAGCUGGUACUCAUCCCGACCUGGAGCAUUUUGGAGAUGGUUCAAAUGCAUCUGAAGGUUAUGAAAGGGUCUUUUGGCGCUCUCUUUGAGUACGUUGAUGGAGAAGGAUCUAAAGAUUGUACUUAAAACGUGUAAUACAAGUUACCUAGCUUUGCAACCUGAAUUUUUAACAUGUUAAUGGUUUUUGCUCAUGUUUUUGAAUCUAUUUGGUCGUUUACUAUUUCUUUUGGCCGUUUCAAAUCAAUCACAAUCUCGCCUUUCAGGUUAUAGAUCUGAUAGUAAUAUGAACAAUUCGAGUAAUGCUAACAAAGUAAAAAAUUUCACCCCUGAAUAUUUUAUUCCGUUCAUUAUAAAAUUGCGGAGACGGUAAGAAAGAAGAAUGCAAU